UCACUCCAAUCCCCCUUCUCCUCAAACCUCCCUCCUCCUCCUCCGCCUCGUCCUCCUCCCCCUCCUCCCCCAACCGCCAUGUCGCUCAAGGAAUCCGACUACUGCGACAAGCACCACGGCAAGUGGCGGCGGCGCAUCAAGCGCGGCUGCAUCGGCCUCCUCAUCUUCAACUUCUUCCUCCUCAUCACCAUCCUCCUCGCCUGGGCCAUCAUCCAGCCCCACAAGCCGCGCUUCGUCCUCCAGGACGUCACCGUCUACGCCUUCAACGCCUCGGUCCCCAACCUCCUCACCUCCAACUUGCAGGUCACCAUCUACUCCCGCAACCGCAACGACAAGCUCGGCAUCUACUACGACCGCCUCGACACCUACGCCACCUACCGCAACCAGCAGAUCACCCUCCGCACCAGCAUCCCCCCGUCCUACCAGGGCCACAAGGAGGUCGACGUGUGGUCGCCCUUCAUCUUGGGCACGGAAGUCCCCGUCGCCCCGUACAACUCGCUCGCGCUGAAUCAGGACCAGGCCUCCGGCGCCGUGAGCCUCAUGAUCAAGCUGGACGGGCGGGUGCGGUGGAAGCUCAGCACGUACAUCACCGGGCGGUACCACCUCUACGUCAAGUGCCCGGCGUUCAUCACGUUCGGGCCGAGGACGACGGGGAUCACCGUCGGCGAGAACGCCAUCAAGUACCAGCUGAUCCAGAAGUGUGACGUCACCGUGUGAGCGGCGGCGACCACCCACAUUAAGCCACCACUAAGCAGAUGCACAUGCACGAGCACAUGCACAUGCCUUGUUGUUUUCCAUCAACAAUUAUGGUUUUCUCUCUCUCUUUCGCUUUAAUGUUUUUCUUUCUUCUUUUUUUUUUUUUUUGCAAUUUCAGUUCACUUGGUUCGUGAUAUAUGUUGGGUUCCUAGGUAUAUGUGGAAUUACGUCCUUGAACUGUGUAUACUUUGAUGUUUUACCAGGAAAUCAUAAUAAAAAUGGAGGAAAAUUAAAGAGGACAAA